AUGUUAUGGAAAAUUACUCUAGUGGUUUUGGUUUAUGUAACCACAGCAUUUUGCCUAAAUGACGCUAAAGCGCCUAUCUCUGGCGGCAACUACAUCUCCAUUAAGAAAGCUCCCUACAUGGCCUCAGUGCGAGUGAACAAAACUGAGCAUGUUUGUGGCGGUUCCAUCAUACAUGAGCGAUUUGUUUUGACAUCUGCAAGGUGCAUUGUGGAGAAUCAAAAGUACCAAGUUGCAGUUGGUACACAUAAUUUACACAAAGGCGGAUGGUUGUAUGAUGUUGAAGAAAUAUUGAUGCAUCCAAUGUAUUCAAACGAGACAUUUGAUAAUGACAUCUGCAUUCUUAAAUUGAAAGAUUCCAUGUCUUUCGGGCCUACUGUGGACAGAAUACAUUUAAACGAUAAAAGUCUUAAAAUGAAAAAUGGGAUGACCAUGAAAGUAACUGGAUGGGGAUGUACAGCGCCUCAAGGGAAUGUAACUGAACGUUUACAUCAAGUUAAGGUACGGAUGGUGCUACGGCGGCCUUGUCGUCACGCCCUAGGAAGAAAUAUAACACUUACUCGCAGUAUGAUUUGCGCCGGCGGUAAUGGAAGAGAUGCGUGCAAGGGCGACGACGGAGGUCCUUUGAUAUGGAAAAAUGUGCAAGUGGGCAUUGUGUCUUUCCUAGCAGGAAAUCGUUUACCGCGCGUCUACACUAAAAUUUCAGAGAUGUUACCUUGGAUUACAGAUGAAGUUUAUGAAAAUUAUUGA